UAGUAAUAAAUGGGUUGCUUAGGUUGUUGUAGGACUGUAAUGUAACUGACAUACUUAAUCCUUAAUUUGUCUCUGAGUUGGUAAUACAUUAAUGUAUUUGAACAUAGACUAGUGUUAGCAGCACUUUUGUCAAUUUUACAUAUUUGAUAUACUGUAUAAAGAUUUCAUCUGGGAAGAUUUUGUCAGGAAAUGUUAGAAAACUCCCAGGUUGCCCUUUUCCGUCUGGGCUGCCAACAUGCCUUCCAGACUGAGGAAGACCCAGAAACUUCGGGGCCACUUGAGCCACGGCCAUGGCCGCAUCGGCAAGCACCAGAAGCACCCAGGAGGCCGGGGUAGUGCUGGUGGCAUGCAUCACCACAGGAUCAACUUCGACAAAUAUUACCCAGGUUACUUUGGAAAAGUUGGUAUGAGACAUUACCACUUAAAGAGGAACCAGAGCGUUUGCCCAACUGUCAACCUUGAUAAACUGUGGACCUUAGUCAGUGAGCAGACACGGGUAAAUGCCGCCAAAAACAAGACUGGAGCUGCUCCUAUCAUUGAUGUGGUGCGAUCGGGCUACUACAAAGUUUUGGGAAAGGGGAAACUCCCAAAACAGCCUGUCAUUGUCAAGGCCAAAUUCUUUAGUAGAAGAGCAGAGGAGAAGAACAAGGGUGUCGGGGGCACCUGUGUUCUAGUAGCUUGAAGCCUCGUGGGGAGAGGUUCAUUAAAUGCUAACAAGUGC